CAAUACAAAAUAACAUUUUAAAUGUAAAUGUCGCCUUUUCCAAAAAGAGAUGGUUUCCAUUUUACAUAAGCAAUAGUAAUAUCAAUUUAUAUCGUAGAAUUUUACCUUUUAUUAAGAUGAUGUUCCAGCUGAAGGUUUCCAAACUUCUUGGAGGGGUGAUAAAGUACAACCACCUGAAUCAGAAAUUCUUAACAAUUCCAAGUCGGAAACUGUUUUUUGACAGUGUUACAAAAGCACAGAUUCACUCCUACAAUGGACUGUAUGCUGCUCCUUUUACUGCAUUCAAAGAUAAUGGGGAAAUCAAUCCAAGUGUUAUUCCAGAAUAUGUGGAUCAUUUGGUUAGACAAGGCGUGAAGGCCGCAUUUGUCAAUGGAACUACCGGAGAAGGUUUGUCUCUGACAGUAGAAGAAAGAAAAACUAUUGCAGAAGGUUGGGUUAAGGCAGGGAAAAAUAAGCUAGAUGUUGUUAUUAUUCAAGUUGGGGCAAACAGCAUAAAAGAUGCUCGUGAAUUGGCAGCGCAUGCAGAAAAGAUUGGAGCAACUGGAAUUGCUUCUUUACCACCAAUCUUUUAUAAACCACAAACACAUGAUCACUUAAUAGCUUAUUUUAAAAGCCUUUCUGAAGCUGCACCCUCGUUGCCAGUUAUGUUGUACCAUAUUCCUUCUUACUCAAGCGUUGAAAUUAGAUUAGCUGAUUUCAUGCCAAGAGUUCGAAAAGAGGUUCCAAACUUUUGUGGUGCUAAGUACACAUCAACAGACGUAAGGGAUUUGUUGGAUUGUCACAACCUGCCUGGUGAACCCUUCAAAGUAUUGUCUGGUUUCGAUGAGGUGUUAUUGCCUUGUUUGUCAUGCGGAGUCACCUCUGCAGUUGGAGCCACCUACAAUUUCAUGGGCCCGCUCGGACUCAAGACAAUGGUAGCUUUCAGACGAGGGGAUAUUGAAACAGCUCGGAAAAUUCAGAACAAAGUUCUAGAGGCUGUUUUGACGCUCACAAAGCACGGCCAAGGAAUAGCCUGUUUCAAAGCAGUCAUGAAUAUUGUAGGCCCUAUCAAUGUCGGACUUCCGCGAGUGCCAUUGGUUCCUCUAAGCCCGGAGGCUCUGUCCAAACUCAAAGAAGAUCUGAAAAAACUCAAGCCAGAGGAAUGGGCCUAGAUUUAAAGGAUAUCGGAUGACGGCGCUUUCGGGGAUUUUCUACCAAGUUUUCUCUCAUGUUUUAAAAUAUGUUCUGUUUGAUCUUGAUUGGAUGCGGGUUUUUUCUUUUGAUGUUUGAAAUAUUUCCGUGUGAUUUUUGGUUGUAAUAUUUCAGUUUUUGAAGAAAUGUGCCAAAAUGAUUGUAAUAAAUAAAAUUAUUAUUUUUUUUACUUUUUUAA